UCGGCGUAUUAUUGUCUGUGCACCUCACCUUCGUUCGAUCUGUCAAACAGCUGAGACUGGUAUCAGAUUUCCUGAACCUCAUCUCUGCAAUGGAGUUUGCAGAACUGAUCAAAACUCCUCGGGUGGACGGGGUGGUCCUUCACCGCCCCUUCCUGCCCACAGUGGAGGGGACCUUGUGUCUGACAGGGCACCACAUUAUCCUGUCCUCCAGACAGGACAACACAGAGGAGCUGUGGCUACUGCACUCGAACAUCGACUCCAUUGAGAAAAGGUUUGUAGGCUCUCUGGGGACCAUAAUAGUGAAGUGCAAAGACCUGAGGGUGAUCCAGCUGGAUGUCCCUGGGAUGGAGGAGUGCCUCAACAUUGCCAGCUCCAUUGAGGCUCUGUCUACGUUGGACUCUGUUUCCUUGAGGUACCCUUUCUUCUACCGGCCCAUGUUUGAGGUCGUAGAGGAUGGCUGGAAGUCCUUCCUGCCAGAGGACGCUUUUAAAGACCUGGAGUCAAUGACAGAUGAGUGGAGACUGAGUGAGGUCAACAAGGAUUUCAGGACGUGCCCCUCCUACCCUCCUCUGGUCGCCGUGCCCAAAGACAUAGAUGACGACACCCUGAGGAAGGUGGCCACCUUCCGCCAUGGAGGACGCUUCCCUGUCCUCAGCUACUACCACAAGAAGAAUGGCAUGGUUAUGAUGAGGUCGGGCCAGCCCCUGACGGGCACCAACGGGCGUCGCUGCAAGGAGGAUGAGAAGCUUAUCAAUGCCACGCUGAGGGCGGGCAAGCGUGGCUACAUCAUCGACACUCGCACCAUCAAUGUGGCGCAGCAGGCCAAGGCACGUGGGGGCGGGUUUGAGUCUGAGGCCAACUACCCCCAAUGGCGGAGGAUCCACAAGGCCAUAGAGAGGUCCAGCGUCCUGCAAGAGAGCCUGAUCAAGCUGGUGGAGGCCUGCAACGACCAGUCCCACAGCAUGGACCGCUGGCUCAGUAAGCUGGAGGCCUCCAACUGGCAGAGCCAUGUCAAGGAGAUCCUCACCACCGCCUGCCUGGCCGCUCAGUGCAUUGACAGGGAGGGGGCAUCGGUGCUUGUCCACGGUACAGAGGGGACAGACACCACCCUGCAGGUGUCCUCUCUGGCCCAGAUCAUCCUGGACCCGGCCUGCAGGACCGUCCGGGGCUUCCAGGCUCUGGUGGAGAGGGAGUGGCUGCAGGCCGGUCACCCUUUCCAGCAGCGCUGUGCCCAGUCAGCUUACUCUAACAACAAGCCCCGCUGGGAGGCACCUGUCUUCCUGCUCUUCCUGGACUGUGUGGGCCAGAUCCUCAACCAGUUCCCGUGCUCGUUCCAGUUCAAUCAGAACUUCCUGGUUCUGCUUUUCGAACACGCCUACGCCUCCCAGUUUGGCACCUUCCUGGGCCACAGCGCCGCCGAGAGGGCUAAGCUGGCCCUGCCUGAAAAGACAGUGUCUCUGUGGUCGUGGGUGAACUGUCCCCAGGAGCUGGAGCGUCUGUCCAACCCCCUGUACGAGCCCAACAGCCUGGUGAUCUGGCCCUCAGUGGCCCCCCAGAGCCUGCAGCUGUGGGAGGGGGUGUUCCUGCGCUGGAACCGUUCGUCCAAGUGCCUGGAUGAGGCCUACGAUGAGAUGGUGCACAUCAUCGAGUACAACAAGGAGCUGCAGAGCAGAGUCAACAGCCUGCGCAGACAGCUGGCCCAGCUGGAGACUGAGGACCCUCUACUGCAGACACCCUAGAGGCAGGGGGGGGGGGAGCAGGGGGAGAAAGGGAGGGAGGGAGAGAAAAUGGAGACAGAGAGAUGGUGGAGGGGUUAGAGAGAGAGGGGAUGAGAAGGAGGCGGAGAAAGCGUCCUGUCAAUAAGGUUCACAAUGGUGGUCCUUAAAAAAAAGACAGUCCAGGGCAUGAAUUAAUAUUCACAGAUUGAGUUGUGCCAAAUGAAUUGAGGUUAUAUCAAGUCGAUAGGGGGAGAAUCAUCAGAAGAAACACAUCCAGUCACUAACUCCUCUAAAACAAACACCCACCAUCCCUCACAACAUGUAGGCCUACAUGCAUAAUGCAUUCUUCAGUACUCAAUACACACACACACACACACUCACACACUCACAGGCUCAACACAAUUAUUCAAUGCUAUACUUGUCCUAAAUGUUACUGCAGUACAUCACAUUACUACUAAACUCUUCAUCACACUACAGCACACACAUUACACUGCGUAACCAUGGCAAUGUAGACCAAGGUGCCAACAGAGCCCAUAAAUGCAUAGGAAUAUUAAUGAAUCCAACCCUCUCCCAGACACUGAGCAUACAGAACCCAAUGAAACACACGUACACACUGAAACAGUACAUGCUGUACAGGCCAACUGCCCCCACUGAGACACAUGUAUACAUACAGGCCAACUGCCCCCACUGAGACACAUGUAUACAUACAGGCCAACUGCCCCCACUGAGACACAUGUAUACAUACAGGCCAACUGCCCCCACUGAGACACAUGUAUACAUACAGGCCAACUGCCCCCACUGAGACACAGGAGUGAGUGUGGAGGUUAGGCGCUCCCACCCAGUUCUGCAUUAUGUAUUAGGUUGAAUAAUGCUAAACACUGAACGUAAGCAGAACAUGUGUAGGCCGAGUUCGAAAUAGGUUCAACCCAUGUGAUUUAAUCAACUGAAUACUGCUUUACUGCAUUUACUUUACUGAUAAGGGCCGGGUUUCCCAGAUUCGUUAAGAAGCUCUUAACACUCCGAGCUUCUUAGGAGCAUUCUAAACGUUCUUAGAACGCUCCUAAGAAGCUCUGAGCGUUAAGAGCUUCUUAACGACUCUGGGAAACCCGGCCAAGUUCUACCCAAGAAUGGUGUGAAAAUUGAGAAUUCAGCACAUAUGAGAGCAGAGCAAAGUGAGGGAGACAGUUACUGUAUGUGAUUCAGCUCAACAUGUUACGAUAACAGGCCAGACCGGAGCUCUAUGACACGUUAUAUAUGAGUGUUCUGAUGUUAUGGGUCAUAGGUUAUUGCUAACAGGAAUGGCAGGGCACUUAUUGGACAGUGUAUUUUGUGUUGUACUUUUACCACAACAUGCAGAAGUCCAUGCUUUUUAAUGUGAUGUAUUUUACACUUUUCUGAACAUUGUUUUCAAUACUGUCCCAUGUCUGUUCACAGUGGCCAAACUGUCUUUGUACUGAAUGUCAAAACUCAAUCAAUGUACAGCUUCAGUCUCGUCAGGAGACAAGAAAAUCUUUCUUUGCCCCCAAAGAAGUAAUCUCUGUGCUUUUCUAUUCCUGAUAUCAAACUUCUGUGCUGAUUGUGCCUCAUUCCUGAGGAAAAUAUGAAUAAUUCUGCACAGACUCUAGGUCUAUUGAUCUUCACUGUUCUUACUGUGUCUAAAGUACUAUCUCUUCUUUGUGUUGAAUAUGAUUUAUUAUCUUGUUUGCUUUGACCAAUGCUCCAUGUUUGAGCUGCACACUAUAUAACCGCUGUUGCAAGAGACAACAAAAUUCCAGUGUUGGUGUCUUCAGGAAUUGCACUGUCAUUAUGGGAAAAACCAUGUCACGCUGUAUGGCUAUAUUCUGUAUUACCUAAAUUCAGUCAGCUUGCAAAUGUGGGUUUUGUGUGUUGCUGCUGCCAGUUUUACUUUACUAGCCAAGUUUACUUUACCAACUGAUGCUGAUGAUGUAACAUUCUCAACUGGCCUAGCAAAUGUCUGGUAUUGUUUUUAUAAGGGAAAAUAGUGCAUAUAUUUUUACUCUACAGAAAUCCCUUCUAUAUUAUGUGAAUUUGUUCAACCUGCUUCCAAUAUCCUUACAGUAACAUUUCAUGUAAAUAUUUACACUUGCAUGUAUGAAUGGGGUUGACAUGGUAAGUUUAACAGAGGGUUCUGGGUGGUAUGGGAGAUAAACCAUUUCCACACAAUUUCUGCACUAUUUAAAUAUGUUAGAUAUUAGAAAAAUAUUCUAUUUUGGCACAGGUAUAGUCUCUGGGCUUUUAUUCCAUGUCACUCUGAUUGUAUUGUGCUUUCAGUGUCUUAAUCCGUGCAAUGAAUUUAGGAGAAAUUACAUGUACAUUUGUUUUAUUUUUUCUAUCAUUACUGUUAUGAGAAAAAAAUUGUUUUUGUAUUAACCUUCUGCAAAGAUCAUAAAUAAUGAUUUAUUAUGUUUUGUUCUGGGGGCAUUAAAAAAAAGUCUGUUCAAAA